AUGAAAACAAGAUCAGUAAUGCAUACUUUCUCAUUCCAAUCAAUAGAAGGUGGGCAAGGAACAUUCACUGCUUUGGCAACAGGUAUUUAUAAAUAUACUCCACCAUCAAAUCUUUCUAUUAUUGAUAAGUUUUAUGUCAAUUACAAAGAUGCUUCAAAUUCAGAAAUAACUAAAAUGGUUGUAAGUGUUAAACAAGUAGUUAAUGGAACAAGAUGUUCAUUCUAUAAUUUGUCAUCAUCUGUUACAACUGUUACACAAGCUUAUCAAAUUCUUGAAGCUAAUAAAGAUUAUUCAACAAUUGUUUUAAGUACAGAUGGAAUUGUUGUUCCUCAAUAUAGUAGUGAUACAAGUUAUGUUCCAUGGGUUUGUUUGAGUGAAGGUGUUUUCAUUCCAAAUGAAACUGGUGAAUACAAAUUUACUUUUAUCCAUGAUGAAGCAUGUUUAUUCUAUUUAUCAGAUUCAGUUUUAACAGGAAACAUUCAAACAGAUGCUUCUCAUUUAAUUGCAAAUCUUACAAGUUAUUCUAUCUAUUAUAAUAUCAACCAAAACACAAAGAAAAUUAAUUUGACAAGUGGUCAAAACUAUUAUUAUAGAUAUGUUAUUUUGAAUUCUGCUGGUGCUGGAAAUGGCAAAGUUGGAUAUGUUAUUGGUAAUUCUACAACAGUUAUAACUGUUCCUUCUUCUCGUGUAAUGCAGAAUUACUGUAAUUCAAGUGAUUAUGAUCAUAAUGUUUAUAUUCCAAAUCCAGAAAAUGAUCCAACAUUAGGUCAUUAUUAUGGUACUACUGCAGUUUUGUUUGACCAAACUAAAUUUAAGUUAUUGCAGCAUCCAACGCAAUCUUCUCCUAAUUAUAACUUAACAACUCUUUUGUUUGAUUACAAUACAGGAACACAACCAUCUUUAACUUAUGGAACAUCAUUCCCUUUGACUUAUAAAGUCAAUUUCACAGAAUCAAUUAAAUUUGAUAGAUUAUAUCUUCCAACAGCUUAUAGACAUUUGAUUGGAACAGUAAAUCUUACUUGUGAUGGAACAAUUAUUUCAAGUAAAUUGUUCGAUACGACAACAGCUAAUAGAUAUAUCGAUCUUGGAAGAGAUUAUAAUUGUACUGUUUUGCAAAUAGAUAUUUGUUCAAAUGAAGCAGGUUAUUGGGGACCUUUCACAGAGAUUCAACCACAAUGGGUAAUCUCUCAUUCAACAAAUAUCAUCCCUGUAACACAUCAAUACUUGUAUGCAAAUGGAUCGGCAACUUUAACUAACAAAGGUUUGUAUUUCAAUGGAAAAGGUUAUCAAAUGGCUGCUGGUGGAAAUUUGACAUUUAAAGUUAUGUUGAAUUCUACAGGAGAUUCUAUUGGUAUUUUAGGAGAUGUGAGUACAAAUUAUGGUGGAAUAUUUGAUGUAUAUUUAGAUAGUGUUUACAAUGGAACAGUAAAUACAUCAUAUGUUAAUCCAAGCUAUACUAAUUUGGCUGCGGAGAAAGUUUAUCAAGUUUCUUUGUAUGGUCUCAAAGGAUUGACAAAUGCAACAAAUCAUACAGUUUCUAUUGUUGCUAAGUCAGGAACAGUUGGAAUUGCUGGCUUUCUUGCAGAUGGUGACUUGGCAAUGAUUUCUGAACUAGAAGAAAAUGCAGAUACAGGAAAUGCAAACAAAAAUUCUUAUAUUAGAUCUGCUGGAUUCAUCAUUGGCUGCAUAUUGUUAUCUAUUACUGUUAUUGUUCUCAUUGUUUAUUUCAGUGCCGCAUUUUAUCAAAUACACUUUAAAGGUGGAAAUCCAGACAGAGAUGUUGUCACUGAGACAAUUAUUGUCUAA